AUUUAUAUUAUUUUAUUUUUUCCUUUAACUUGAAUUAAUUGUGUUUUUUUUUUUAUUAUUUUUGUUGUAAAUAAAUAUAUUUGUAGACUACUUUUAUUGUUAUCGUAAUUAAAAAUAAUAAUAAUUAUUAUAAUUAUUAUUAUAAAUUCAUUUUUAACUAACGCUGACGUCUCGUCUCGGUAAUCAUUGAUCGAAAAAUUUUUGGAGUUGGUUAGAAGAAAUGACGGAAUUAAAGCAAUUUACAAGAGCUGAAAUUUCAGGGACAGACCGCAAAUUGACGAGGAUUAUAAUUCAUGAUAAAGUUUAUGAUGUCACGCAGUUUCUCAAUGAACAUCCGGGUGGUGAAGAAGUUCUACUUGAUCACAAAGGUGUAGAUGCAUCUGAGGACUUUGAUGAUGUCGGUCACUCAGCCGAUGCUCAAGAAUUAAUGAAAAAAUAUAUGAUUGGAGAACUAGUUAAAGAAGAACGGAAAAAUAGUGCGCCGAAAAAAGGCUGGACUACUGGACAAAAUAAAACAAAACAAGAAGUUGAAGGACCGCCACUUCUUUUUUAUAUGAUUGUGGGAGGUUUCUUAUCUUUCUUAAUCGCUACUUGGUAUUUCCAACUCGGUGAAUGAUUUUUUAAAUAAUAAUAAUAAUAAUAAUAAUAAUAAUAAUAAGAAUAAUAAUAAUAAUAAUAGUAAUAAGAUGUAUUAAUUUGCCAUUGCCAAAAAAAUACGCCGACUUCUUACACCCGCGAAUGAGCAGAACCAAAAAUUGACAAAUAAAAAAAAUCCGUUCUAUUAGAACAUGAAUUUUCAACAUAAAAUACUGAAAAUAAUUAUUUGAAUUUAAUUUAUAAUUAAUCUUUGUAAAAAAUAUAACUAAUUAGUUUCAAUUACUAAAUAAAAUUAAGGGAAAAAUUUUAUUGUAAGCAGAAAAAAUAAAAAUGAAUUUGUAAAAAUAAUUAUUUCUGUACUUAAAUAAUAAUUGAGGAUAAAAUAAUAA